AUGUCAUUCUCUGCACAGUACGAUAGGACUCCUUUCAGCAGAGGACUGACGUACAUGCUGAACACCGUGUUGGACCUUGGAAGCAACUUAAUUAGUGCCUUGUCGCCCAUUGCCUUCUCUGGUUUAGAGGAAAGUCUGGAGUUAUUGUAUUUGGACGGUAACUUAUUGAAUACACUAGACAAAUGUGCCAUUUUACCUCUCAAGCGCUUGCGUAGACUUAGAAUCGGCGGUAACCCAUUCCAUUGUGACUGCAAGAUAGCUUGGCUGCGUUCAUACCGUGAUAAAGGCGUAGAUAUCGACUUAGACAGGGUCUUUUGUAAGAGCCCAAUAGGAUUUAAGGGGAUGGGUGUCAGCGGCUUUUCUAUAGACGGUUGCACCCCCUCACACUUGACUUUGGAUAUGAAAGACUGUUUUAAAUUCACUUCGCCGACUAGCAAUGCGGUAACUGAAACAUCCCCCAAGCAUACCGUAACUGAAACAUCUCCAGAGCAUACCGAUAGCACCACUCUUGAUGAACCACUACAGAUGACGACACCACAUGACGUAACACAGGCGAGUGGGGAGGAAGCCCAGCCUUUGACCUCAUUGCGAUUUUCAAGGCAGGCCCUUGUCUCAGUUUAUCUUGCGAUAGGAUUCAGCGCCACAUGUCUUGCAAUUGUUGUCGUCUACGUUAUUGUCACUGGGUAUCGAUUUUAUAGGCAAUGUCGCGGUAAACAAAGCAAAGCGACCACUAAAAGUGAGAGGACCAUGUCUGGGGUACAAGACACUAAUUGUACCGAGGCCGGGGAAACAGGACCGUACCAAGAACUGGAGAGCGUUUCUCCUUACCAGAAUUUGAACUUCUUGAUCUGCCAGCUGGUGGCGCUGGGGUUGGGCUAUCCAUUCAGGACAGUCUUUGGUCCUCUCCAAGCCUCUCCGGCACUGAGGAAUGGAAUCGAAAUUUUUCUAGGGAUGUUUCUCACUUAUUUCUGCUUUGGACAACAAAUCAUCCACCCAAUCCUCCAGUCCACCCUCUGCCUGCUGAUCAUGAAAUACGCUGACAGAAAACAGUUCCACCUGGCCAGCCUGUUGGUCUCCAUGGGGUACCUGUCUGUGACACAUAUCUACAGGAUGUUAUAUGACUAUGGAGGUUACAGUAUGGAUAUCACAGGCCCUCUCAUGAUUAUAACCCAGAAAGUCAGCAGCCUGGCCUUUGCAUUGCAUGACGGAAUGGAGAAAAAGGAGGAGAAUCUCUCAGAAGACCAAAAGAAACAAGCUAUAAAGCGAAUUCCCACACCAUUGGAGUACUACAGCUAUAUCUUCAGUUUCCACAAUGUAAUGGUGGGACCACUGGUUUUCUAUGUGGACUAUAAGGCAUUUAUUGAAGGAGAGGAUAUACAGGCACCCCAGGCCACAGAGAAUAACCACAAAGUGAGAAUUCCGAACCCAGUGCCCUCCAUGUUUCCAAACCUGAUCAUUACCAUCGUCAACGCUGUCCUCAUGAUGUUUGUCCUGCCGCUUGUGCCAUCAGAAAAUAUACACGAUAUAGCGUGGUUUGGCAGCUUGUCCUUCCUGCAGAAGAACCUCUAUCUCCUGGUCAGCUUGUCAGUCACAAGGAGCAAGUACUACUUUGCCUGGAAACUGGGCGAACUGGUCAACACCUCCGCUGGCCUGGGGUUUGCUGGCUAUGACAAAGAAGGGAAUGAGAAGUGGGACAGACUUAAUAACAUGGAUAUAUGGAAGUUAGAGACAUGCACUAGCAUCAAAGUCAACAUCGAUACCUGGAACAAGACUACCUUGAUCUGGCUCAGACGCAUCGUCUACGACCGCAUACCUUUCCAGAAGACCCUGGCAACCUUUGCUGUCAGUGCUUUCUGGCAUGGUUUCUACCCUGGUUACUAUCUGGCCUUCUUCAGUGCUGCCAUCUUUUUAUUUGCAGCUAGAACGGUUCGUAAAAACAUCCGUCCAUUCUUCAAGCCUGACGGAGAUCAGAGUACAGGUGCUGUUCCAUUUUUGUAUGACUGUGUAACUUUCAUCUUCACACGCAUGGCCAAUGUGAUCAUGGUGACGCCUUUUGUAACGUAUGGAUUUUUCCCCAGUCUGUUUGCGUAUGGCGCCAUCUAUUUCUGGCUGCAUGUUCUUUCACUGGCAGCCAUCUUUUUUAUCCCCCAACGAAGAGUAAAAAAAAUUGAGAAAAAAGAGGCAGAGGAGGUGAAGACACAGCCUAGUGAUGAAAAGAAGGAAAAAACAAGCUGAUUUCUUAUAGCUUUAGUGUGGCUCUACCCCACUUAUGCUGUGUUUAAGGCAGCUUUUUAAUUUUUUUUUCAAGCGAUUCAAUAUUAUUCAAACCCAAGAAGGCUGAGAAGUACAAAAACCAACAUGAUAUUUAAGAACUAUUAAAUGUAGCUUUUUGUAUUUGUAGGUCUCAAUCAGUAUUUAUUCAGUGUAUCAUUUUUAUUUUUAAAGUAGUAUCAUUAUAAAUUGUAAAAUUAUCCCCACAUUUCCAGUACUUGCUCAAGCAGGAAUGAUACCACAGUAAAUAUUAUUCUACUUCAUCGACAUGCAAGUGGUGUCAUUUUCAUAACAGUUACUUUAGAUUGAAGAGUUGUCACAGUAAUCUCCUGCCCUGCAAAUCUCGGUCACUUUUUAUGCACACCAGGGGUCUCCACUGUGCAUUUAUGAGCACUAUCAAUGAAUUUAGUUUGAUAUUAAUGAAUACCUGGGUCCAAGUCACUAGCACUCACUGCAUAAUUUUUUAAAAUUAAAUAAUGGAUUAUUUAUUGCAUAUUUUAUUUGCUUUUUAUUAAGACUUUUGUUUCAGUUAUUAGUGAUUCAAAGGCAAUUGCUGUUCUACGGUAUAAGACCUCGGCAUUUUCCCUAAAGCCAGGGCUAACAAAAUUUAGGUUUUGGGUGAACUUUAGCAUUGCCUGAAGUCCAAAGCAAGGAAAAGGUGAAAUAUUACUCAUUGACAAUUUCAUCUCCAAUCUUUGAUUUGUGCAAUUUUUAUUUUGUAGCAUGAUUAAUAGUGUUUUACUUAAUACAUUUAUUUUACGUUGUCAAAUCUGAAGGGAAAAUGAUUUUAGCAGGUAUGUCAACUGAAAUGUUUAAAAUAUGUGAACAUUGAUACAAAAUAUAUUGAAGAGUUGUCACAGUAUAUAUUGAUACAAAAUUUAGUAUGUGUGCAGUAUUGACACUUACACUAUGCUAAAUGCCAGUGAAAAUCGAAUCUCUGCUGAUGAAAUUAAAGGAAUUGGUUCAAUAAAAUGUUUUAAUAACUGGU